AUGGUGACGUACUCGUCGCGCUGUCCCCAGGGCGGCGAGACAAUGCAAGGCAUCCAGUUUGAAGAACAUCUGGGCGGAAAGGGUCUGAACGAGGCCAUUGCGUCGUCCAGACUGUCGAUCCAUAAGGGCCAUGUGCGGAUGUGGGGCAAUGUUGGGGACGACGAGCACGGCAAGAAGAUGCUUGCGGCAUUGCACGACGCCAAAGUCAACACCGAGCUGGUUUCUGUGCUCAAGGACGUCAGUUCCGGUAGUGCAACGAUCAUUGUCGAGACAGACUCUGGUGAGAACAGAAUUAUAAUUAUUCCAGGAGCAAACGGCGAGCUGGACCCGACCGAGGAGCAGCUAGCGGCUAACUUCAAGGACGCAGACUCCAGCGACUACGUCGUUGUGCAGAACGAGUUCCCUGGUGUGCGCAAGGUGAUUGAAUGGUUGCACGCUAACAAGCCGCAAAUCACCAUAGUUUACAAUCCGUCUCCAGUCAAGGCAGACCUGUUGGACGUUGAGAUGUUGCAGAAGGUGGACAUUCUGGUUGUCAACGAGGGAGAGGCCCAGCAGAUCGUCAACAGCGACAGCUCCGACGACAAGCUUCUGCUUGCUUCUCUACACAAGUUGUUACCUAAAACCACCGUCAUUAUCACCCUUGGAGGCCGUGGCUGCAUUCUGCAGAAAGAGGAGACCGUCGAGCAGGUUUCUGGAGUCAAGGUGGAGAAAGUGGUGGACACGACGGGAGCAGGUGACACGUUUUUGGGCGGAGUUGUUUCACAGCUGUAUUUUGGAGCCGACCUGGUUACUGCGGUCCAGUUUGCUACAGCCGCAGCGUCAGAGGUGAUCCAGAAGAAAGGAGCAGUGGAAAGCAUUCCAGAGUACUCUAGACACGCAUUGAAAAUUUAG